UAAGGGGAGUUAUUGUAAAUAUGGAAUCUGUAAAUAAAGGUUUUCUCAGAGGCAAUUUAUUUGAUAUGUUUCGUAAGCAUAUGAAUUAUUUGUAAAACCACAAUUACCUUCUUUAUUAAAUAAUCAUCACAGGAAAUUUCAGUUGAUUCGGCCUGUUUAUAUUUACAUAAUUACAAUUGUUUUGUUUUUUUGUAAUAACAGUGAUAAAAAAUUACUUCAAUUAUUGUGCCUUUCAUUAUGAGGAUAUAUAUUUUUGGCAUUCAUUGUUGUGUGUUGUUGAAUAUGUCCAAAGCAUGGUUUGAGAUUGGUUGGCAGCGACACUAUCGUUAAUGAAUGAUUCAGAUAUGGGCACGGGCAAUGUGCUUUGAGAUUUGAUGUAUUGCUGUAUUUUGAAGGCGCAGUGGGUAUUUAUGGAAUGUAGACUCAAGAGCUCUAGUUUGUGCAUGCCCUGUACCACUGUGUUCCUGAUCUAGUCAAAGAGAAAUGUUGGUGUCUAUCCCAAAGUUUGACUUGCUUUUACAUCAACAUGUGUUUCUCAGCGCAGUGAGCAUAGUAGAAACGUGUAAAACAUGACAGCGAAUGGCUUCUUCCACCAUGAGGGAUUUGAAUGGGCAUGACUCCAUACCCACAUUGUGAAUUUGUUCUCAGAACCAUCCCUCUCCUGAGGUGAAAUGGAUUUAUUUCAAAGAUCCUGAGUUGUCAGUCAGCUGCAAACAUGUCUCUGUCCUUUCAUCCUUUUAGUUCAACUGUCGUGGUUUAUUGUAAAAUCUAAGGUGUCGUGUACACUGUUGUAGCAGUUUAAUUGCGUUGCACAUUAAUGCACACAUUGACACAUCCUUUUCAAUGACUCUGACCCUUUUUGCCUAUUUUUUCCUGAUGCUACCUAUAACCCUGCGUUAAAACAGAGCCAAUGAGCAGCAGUGAGAUAGCCACCUCGGCAGCCGACGGGUCACUAGACAGCUUCUCAGGAUCAGCUAUUGGAACCAGUGGCUUCAGCCCAAGACAAACUCACCAGUUCUCUCCACAGAUUUAUCCUUCCAACAGGCCUUAUCCGCAUAUUCUUCCUACUCCUUCGUCCCAAAAUAUGGCUGCGUACGGGCAGACGCAGUACACCACAGGCAUGCAGCAGGCCGCGGCGUAUGCCACUUACCCUCAGCCUGGACAGCCCUAUGGAAUUCCAGCCUAUGGUCCAUUGUGGGCAGGCAUCAAGACGGAGGGUGGGCUUGCCCAGUCCCAGUCGCCAGGACAGGCGGGCUUUCUGAGCUACAGCUCCGGCUUCUCCACGCCCCAGACGGGACAGGCUCCCUACAGCUACCAGAUGCAAGGAGGCAGUUUCACAACAACGUCUGGGCUGUAUGCAGGAAGCAAUUCUCUGACAAAUUCGUCUGGAUUUAACAGCACACAGCAGGACUAUCCCUCGUACCCAGCCUUCGGCCAAGGUCAAUACGCACAGUAUUACAACAGCUCGCCGUACACAUCCCCGUACAUGACAAGCAACAACACCAGCCCCUCCACCCCUUCCACCACGGCCACCUACACCCUGCAGGAGCCCCCCUCCGGCAUCACCAGCCAGGCGCUCACCGACCCCCCUGCAGGAGAGUACAGUACAAUCCACAGUCCAUCAACUCCCAUUAAAGAUUCAGAUUCGGAUCGAUUGCGCCGAGCUUCGGAUGGAAAGUCACGUGGCCGGGGGAGAAGGAACAAUAACCCGUCACCGCCUCCGGACUCUGACCUUGAGCGCGUUUUCAUCUGGGACUUGGAUGAAACAAUCAUCGUUUUCCAUUCCUUGCUCACCGGGUCUUACGCCAACAGAUACGGAAGGGAUCCGCCUACGUCUGUGUCAUUAGGGCUGAGGAUGGAAGAAAUGAUCUUCAACCUGGCGGACACGCACCUAUUCUUCAACGACUUAGAGGAGUGCGACCAGGUCCACAUCGAUGACGUUUCCUCAGACGACAACGGUCAGGAUCUGAGCACGUACAACUUCGCCACGGACGGCUUCCACGCGGCGGCGACCAGCGCCAACCUGUGCCUGGCCACCGGCGUGCGGGGGGGAGUGGACUGGAUGAGAAAGCUGGCCUUCCGCUACAGACGAGUAAAAGAAAUUUACACCACGUACAAAAAUAACGUCGGAGGUCUGCUCGGACCAGCCAAAAGGGAAGCCUGGUUGCAAUUGCGAGCAGAAAUUGAAGCCUUGACAGACUCCUGGUUAACACUGGCACUGAAAGCACUAACAUUAAUCCACUCAAGGUCAAACUGUGUGAAUAUUUUAGUCACAACAACGCAGCUCAUACCCGCUCUGGCAAAGGUCUUGCUGUAUGGACUGGGAAUAGUGUUUCCAAUUGAAAAUAUUUAUAGCGCAACGAAAAUCGGGAAAGAAAGCUGCUUUGAGAGAGUGAUCCAGAGGUUCGGGAGGAAAGUGGUUUACGUUGUCGUGGGAGACGGAGUGGAAGAGGAGCAAGGCUCUAAAAAGCACAACAUGCCCUUCUGGAGGAUCUCCAGCCACUCGGACCUGAUGGCGCUGCACCACGCCCUGGAGCUGGAGUACUUGUAGCGGUACGGCGGCGGCCCGCUGACUCCCUGGAGGCCCCGUCCCGCGCCCAACCCGCCCGCCCGCCCGCCGCGGACCUCGCCGCGCUCCUCCCGCGUCCCCGAGCGUCCCCGAGCGUCUCCGCCACAAACUGAGCGACGCGCCCCCGGCGCGCUGACACACAGCCACAGUUCGUCUUAACCCCUGACCUUUCUUUCUGAGCGGAGGAGAGUGAAUUUACGGCCGUGCAGCUGCUGGCCCCGGUUACUGUGAAUUGGCUGCUUUCAAAAAGCCAUCAAAAUGUUUUACAGCCCUGUCUGUGCCGCGCCUCUACAAGGGUUCACACCUGUGAAGAAACCAGAGCUACCGACGUCUCCGAGCCUCACCGGACCUAAACUCCACUCGGCCUCCCUCCGGCCCAGCCUCUCCCAGUGCUAAGACAGUGGGACUCGUCCGCCUGUAGAAGGCCCUCUUUUGAUCACCAUUGUCUCUGUGGUAUCCUGCGUUCUUAUUUAUGGACUGAGGGUGUGAGAGCAAAGCAACCCAUCCCCCCCCCCCACCACCACCACCCCCAAACCUCCAAGGUACUUCAGUGUAAGACUUGUGCCUUUUCACAAUGCAAAGUACUUUUUGAUUCCAUCCCACCGAGAAGAAGUUGUUUAUGGAAAAAGGUUUUCUAAUAAUUUAAGAAAAGAAACUUUAUUUACAUUGCUGAGACAAUCGUGUACAGAAGAGAUCUCUUUUUUUUGUGUGUGUAAAUUUAUAAUCACUGGACUCUCCCUUCACUAUUCGUUUAGGUACAUGCUGUUGGACGGUGGCAAUGCGUUUUAAUUGAAGUAUAAAGGCAUGGUUGCACAUCGGCUGGUGCUGUGCCUUAAAAGUGUUGAUGUGUUCAAGGUUUUUUGUUCAUUAUAUAAAUAUGUAGAUAAUGGGAUUUUUUUGUGAUAAUUUGUUUUGUCAAGACCAAAAGCAUGGAUGUCAAGUGUCAAUGACUAUUUCGUUCAAGCUCUUCAUCUUCUCUACCUGCUACCCUGUCCCAGUUUUGCAGUUUGUGAUGGCCUUGAGUCUCCACUCAAAUCUAAUCAAAAAUGAGAGCCUCUUCUAGAAGAAGAAAAAAAUCACUCUUCGAAUUGUUUUUUUUAGAGAUACCUUAUAUUAGAGCUCACGUCUUUGAACUGUAACUUUUAAAUUGAGUACUUGAGAUAAGUCAUUAGGUUUUAAAUCCCACAUCCAGGCAUCCAUGAAAAUAAUAACAAAGAGCAUGUUUAAAGGAGUGAUUAAAGUUGGGAAGGGGUUUGAUUAUGCAGACGUCUGGUACCUAGCAGAGGUCUGAGAGACACUAUAACCAAUGUAACUACUAUUUGAACAAAGCAAGGUUUAACCUCAGCCUCCCUAGAAGAAACAUCGAAAGCUUAGAAUGUCUUUUAUUACUUUUUUUUUUUUUUUACCAGCGCAAAAAACAAAAACUCUUGUACACCGAGCAUUAUUUUGUAUGAAGUAGUCUUUUUAACGAGUCAUGUUACUUUGAUUUUUGAAUCGUAUUCCGUGUCCUCUAUGAUCGCUGUAGUUUAAAUUCAUAACGCCCAUCUUCGUAAUGCUAACUCGGAAUAUGGCCUGGCAUUAUCCUAGGUCUCGGACCUGGAGGAAGCCAUGACUCGAGAGGGCUGAGAACAUGUGUGUGCUUUCAACUGUGAAUCUCCUACCCAGGAACUUACUCUAGCUGUCUCUGACUCUCCUUGCCCACACACGGUCACUGUAGCUCAGUUUCUGCUGGUGAGGGCCUCUGUCCCAAAGCCGACAUGUAAAACCAUAUUUUUCACCACAUAUGCAAUUUUUAUUUUGUUAAUUUUUUUUUGCUCUUUUGAAAGCAACGUUUCCCCUGGUAUCAAGGGGGAACAACAUAUUUGCUGCUAGAUCAAGGUAACAGUAGGCAAUGAAAUGUUUUAUAGAUACAGUACAGCAAGCUUUUUUUUAUGUUGCAAUAAUGCAAACUGGAAAAUUGACAUUACCUGGGCCUCAUUGUUAAACACAGUUUGUUGUGUCUGCAAAAGAUGUGUACAGAUUUUUUUGACAUUAUUAUUUGUUUGUGUUUAAAUUAAUAAAAUUGAUUUGUGAACUGUUAAA